CUCUUUAAGAUUUCCCAGCAAAGGCCGCUACGCCGGACUCCCUCCCUCCCUCCCUCCCUCUCUCUUCUUUCUCUCUCCUCCAUUUUGAAGCUUCGAGCUUUCUCGAGCAUCAUCGAAAAUGGCGUCGAAGCAAUUGAGCCAAAAGGAAGCUGACAUUCAGAUGAUGUUGGCUGCCCAUGUUCAUCUCGGCACCAAGAACUGUGAUUUCCAGAUGGAGCGAUACGUCUUCAAGCGCCGCUCUGACGGGAUUCACAUUAUCAACGUGGCCAAGACCUGGGAAAAGCUGCAAAUGGCUGCUAGGGUUAUUGUUGCAAUUGAAAACCCCCAGGAAAUCAUUGUUCAAUCUGCUAGACCAUAUGGUCAGAGGGCAGUUCUAAAGUUUGCUCAGUACACUGGAGCUCACGCAAUUGCUGGUAGGCACACUCCCGGUACUUUCACUAACCAGCUUCAAACCUCUUUCUGUGAGCCUCGCCUUUUGAUCCUUACUGACCCCAGGACUGAUCACCAGCCUAUUAAGGAAGCUGCCCUUGGAAACAUCCCCACUAUUGCCUUUUGUGAUACUGAUUCUCCCAUGCGAUACGUUGACAUUGGUAUCCCUGCUAACAACAAAGGCAAACACAGCAUUGGUUGCUUGUUUUGGCUCUUGGCUCGUAUGGUGUUACAGAUGCGUGGAACUCUCCGCAUUGGACAGCAAUGGGAUGUCAUGGUUGAUCUAUUUUUCUACAGGGAAGUUGAAGAAAACAAGGACCAAGAAGAGGAAGAAGUUGCUCCCGUGACAGAUUUUGGACAGAUAGAAUACGGUGGUGGUGCGAUGACUGCUCUUCAAUCUUCUGAUCAAUGGGCGUCCCUUACCUCUGCUGAUCAAUGGAACACUGAGCCAGCAGCAGCACCUGCUCCUGUUGCAGACUGGACUGCCGCAGCAGUUCCAGCUGCUGCUGAUGGUUGGGAUGAGGCUGUUCCACCACCAACUGCCGGAGUUCCUAUUGUUGCCGCAGAUGCUCCACCAGCCACUGGUUGGGAGUAAGAUUUGCCCUUUUGGGUUUUGAAAUUUUGGUUUCAGGAACUGUUGGGAUGCAAGACAAUGGGAGCUUUAGUUUUCAGUUGAGUUUAGAUGUAGAUGCUUAGUUGAAGAGCAAAUCUUGUUUGUUUUAUCCCCUAUAUUUUCUUCUAUUUUGCGACAACUUAAUAGAUUCUAUAAAUUUCAACAGAUAGUGCUCUGCGUUAUAUUAUUUGUUCCAAUAUUUAGCUCUGUUCCCGGUUUGGGGACAUAUGUUCUUUCAGUUAA